AUGCAGUAUCUACAAAUUCGGAAUCUGCCUUUGACGAGGAAAAUUGUACGGGAAGGUUGGCUUAUGAAGAGAGGGGAGCACAUCAAAACCUGGCGGCGUCGUUAUUUUAUUCUUAGGGAGGAUGGAACCUUCUACGGUUACAAAAAUAUCCCUCGGGAUAAUUUAGAACAGCCGCUGAACAAUUUCACUGUCCGUGACUGUCAGAUAAUCUGCUUGAAUAAACCCAAGCCCUAUACUAUUCUGAUGCGGGGUCUACAGUGGACAACAGUGGUUGAGCGUUUGUUCUUCGUGGAGCACGAGAGUGAACGCCAGGAAUGGAUCAGCGCUAUCGAAAUGGUCGCCAAUCGACUUCGCUCUGAAAAUGAGACUCCGAUCAGUAUUUACAAAGUAGACCUUGCUGAUGACGUUGUCAUCGACCUUCCUCAAAGGCCACCUAAGCGCUACUCCACUGAAGACUUCGAACUUUUGAAGGUGCUUGGCAAGGGAACUUUCGGUAAAGUGGUGCUUUGUAAGGAAAAAGAAUCCGGGUGUUUCUAUGCGAUGAAAAUCUUAAAGAAAACCGUCUUGAUCGAGGUUGGCCACACACAAACCGAACACCGCGUGCUUCAACUUAACCACCACCCCUUCAUGACGCAGCUGAAGUAUUCAUUUACCACAAGGGAUCAUAUUUUCUUCGUGAUGGAAUACUGUAAUGGAGGUGAACUGUUCUUUCACUUGUCACGAGAACGCGUCUUCUCGGAACAGCGGACCCAAUUCUACGCCGCAGAAAUCACCUGUGCCCUUGGCUAUCUUCACAGCCAGAAUAUAGUAUACAGAGACUUAAAGCUGGAAAAUCUUUUAUUGGACAAAGACGGUCACAUAAAGAUAACAGAUUUCGGAUUAUGUAAAGAAGAUAUUGGCUUCGGUUCGACUACAAAGACAUUCUGUGGCACACCCGAGUACCUGGCUCCGGAGCUGCUCCUGGAUAAUGACUAUGGACGGUCUGUGGAUUGGUGGAGCCUUGGCGUUGUCAUGUAUGAGAUGAUGUGUGGCCGCCUCCCCUUUUACUCAAACGAACACGAAAUCCUCUUCGAGCUCAUCCUGCAGGUUCCAGAGAACUUGAGUCCGGUGGCACGUGAUAUCCUUAUUCGUCUGCUCAUGAAAGACCCCUCAGCGCGCCUCGGCGGCGGAAAGGCGGACGCCAUCGAAGUAAUGGUGCAUCCUUUCUUCGAGUCCAUCUCAUGGGACAGAUUGAUACGCAAGUACGGCCAUAUUUCCAUCAUAGCUAAUCACGUUUUUGUCUCACGAAUAUUGACUUCUUUUUGGUUUUCGAAUUUACAUGAUUUCAUUUGA